CUGAUCAUCACCGCCGGGGAAACAUAUGGUCGGUUUACGGCGUCGUGCAUUCUGGGAAAUGUAGUUGACACGGUAUACGCAUGUGCAAGCGUGGGGAUCGCCGGGAGUUGUAGUCUUUUCCCCAUCACAGCCAACACCAGGUCAUGGACUACAACUCCCAGCGGCCGGUUCGGCGCUGUCAGACGGAGCUCACCAGCUCCAUGGCCGGAGGGUAGGUGGGCGGUGUGGCCUCGCCGUUUCACCCGGUCACUGAGCUGACCACUUCACUCUGCUCGGAUUAUGAGGGAGGAGGUUGAUGAGCGGCACGGGGACUCGUUGCCUGGCCAGCUCACAGAGCUGGCGGCCUCGAGUCCGGUGAGUGUGAGCCGGGAGCUGCCGCCCAGGCUGUGCGGUUACCUCAACAAACUGUCUGGGAAGGGGCCGCUCAAAGGCUUCAAGAGCCGCUGGUUCGUAUUCGAGCCCCUCCACUGCUACCUGUAUUACUUCAAGGGCCCAAGCGACGCCAUCCCGCUCGGUUUCAUCGACGUCGCCGAUGCCUCCUUCACCUACGACCUGGAGGCUGAGGAGGGUCAACUCGAGAUUCACUCAGGAGGGAGGGAUUACACUCUGAAGGCUCCCAGUGCACAAGCAAUGAGAUACUGGCUACAAGAAUUACAGCAGAAGAGGUGGGAAUUCAGUAAUAAUGGUACUGCUGGAUCAAGAGACAAUAGAGUAUCACCCCCACUCCCUUACUCAACUACUGGUCUAGUUGCUAAAGACGUAGAUGCACCCUGUCUUCCACAAGCAGCAAUGGACAUUGAUGAAAAUGCUAGAAACGUACUAGAUGCAGUGGAUGUACCAGGAACACUGGUGGGUGAACGAGCAGCAAGCUAUCCAUCUCCUGUGCACCCCACGACUAUUAAUUUCUCUUUGAAGCACUGGGGAACAGAAAUCAGAAAUUCAAUGUCAAACCUGAAACCAGGAAGAGGAAAUAAUGAAAACCGGAAAAGUAUCUUCUACACUGAGGACUGGGAACUGAUUGAUCCCAGCCUCAAAGAGUUGGAAGAGGCAGCAGCACAUGAAGAAAAGAGAAAAAAUUCCACAGAAGCAAGUAGAGGUUCGGCAUUCUCUUUUGAUUUUGCAAGAGCAACGCGAGUUAAACGGCCACCGUUCUUGAGAGACAUGAUUGGAACAUCAAAGAAUCGGAAUAGCAGUGAGUCAUCACCUGUAGAAUGGAUCGUUACCAAUGGAAAGGCAUCGACAGAGAUUCAGACCAGAAUUCAAGCUCAGCAGGAGGAGCUGAACAAGGUGAAAGAAGAUUUAAUCAGUCAAAAGAGGUUGGCAGGAAUAGCACUUCUGUACCUGGAACAAGAAGAGGCGUUUUGGUGUCUAGUUGCUAUUACAGAGUGUUUUAUGACUCCAGACUAUUAUACAAAGAACCUGAUCGGGUCGCAGGUUGACCAGCGAGUACUGAAAGACUUGCUAAGCGAGAAGCUGCCACGAUUACACGCUCACUUUGAACAGUACAAGGUCGAUUUCUCACUCAUCACCUUUAACUGGUUUCUCGUGGUAUUUGUGGAUAGUGUUGUCAGUGACAUCAUGUUCCGUAUCUGGGAUUCAUUCCUGUAUGAAGGUCCAAAGGUUAUAUUUCGCUAUGCACUUGCAGUCUUCAAAUUCAAGGAGGACGAGUUUCUGAAGCUUCAGGAUAAUAUGUCCAUAUUCAAGUAUUUGAGAUACUUCACCCAUACUAUUCUUGAUGCAAGGAAACUUACUAACAUUGCCUUUGUGGACAUGAAUCCUUUUCCAAUGCGGCUGAUCCAUAGUCGCAGAACUUUCCACUUGGAGAAGGUACGCCAGGAGUUGAGUGAACUUGAAGCAAUCCGCCAAGAUUUUCUCCGGGAACGUGAAACUGCAACCCCCGACCGGAGGGAUGUGAUCAGUGAUGAUGAUGAGGACACCUAAGUGCACUUGCAGUCCCAUUUUAGGACUGAACAGCCUUUCUGGAUCAUGGAACCUGUAAGAAUGGCCUAGAAACACACCUGGAAUUUCCAGACUAUCUACUUAGGAGUUUGAGUCCCAGGGCUAUCUGGCAUACUGAGCUGUUGGAGAACAGUUCCCUGGUUGUCAGCUCAGUCAGGUGGUGGCAGCUUUGAUGAGGAGGGUGCUCCAACAUGGAUCACUGUUCCGUCCUUGUAAGGCUGUCCACCUUUUGACUGCUAAGUAAACCUGUAUCAGUCAUCUGCUUUCAAUUGAAUGUUGUAGAGAGGGGAAUGGCUCUCUUUGGCAAUUAUUUUAUAUAAGAAAAACAGUUUCUUUUUGAGUUGCUUUUCAUCCUCAAAGUAAACUUUGUCUUCCAUCAUGAAAGAAAUAUGCUGAGCAUGUUUCCCUGUAAGUGCACAUAAUGGAAGAUUGUGUCAAACUAACCUUCGGACUGACGAUGGAAAUGUGCCAGGUACCAGCACUUAGAACACUCGGCUUACUUUUUGCUCUUAGUAAUGACAAAAAACUAUCCCUUCUGGUUAGCCAGUCAUGGGACCAAUUACAAUACAAUAACAGUAUUAUUUGAAGAUCCUGUCUUGUGUAAUUUCUGAUUGUCUGCAUUGGCUUUGAUCCUUACUUGUUUUUCAUAUCAGUAUUUUGGGAAGCGGGCUUCCUUAACAACCAAAAAUUAUUUUGUAUUAAAUAAGGAGGAGGUAAAGACUUGCCUUGAAAUAAUUUUUACAUUUGAUUUUCCUUCCAAAUAGUAGGGGAAAGGGAAAAUAUGCUCCUUGAUGUAAUUUAGCCUUGCUCAGACUAUCAAUUCACUAAAAUCUUGGUGUUGAUAAAUCUUGAAUUAAGCUUUGCCUCCAUUGAGUAUUCAGCUGAAGUAUGAUUCCAUGUUUACACUCAGAUGAUCUUCAUUGAUCAUUUAGAACAUCAAUCAGCCCAUUUGGUUUCAUUAUGGAUUGCAAAUUUUCCUGUCUUAUCACCUCUGCCUGCUUUUUGCAAAAUUUCAUUUGUAAAUUCUGUAAUCCACAUUAUCUGUCACAAUCUCUUGAAGAUUGUCUCCUCAGUUUACAAUACUGACUGCACAGUGGAAUUUGAAAUGUUUUCACAUUGGUUCAUUUGUGAGACUUAAAUUUUGUUUCUGUUUGUAUUGCAAUCGUGAAUUGCCACUGGAAAUUUAGACUGUGUAACUAUCACUAUAACAUGACACUUCAGUUUGGUAAAACAACAAAACCCUGAAUAUCUUACCUGUAAACUGUGAAUAGGUGGAAGCUCUCACCUUAACUCUCCUUCCACUGCAACAGCAAGGAAGGACAAAAUAUGGCAUAUUUUUAGAUCCACACCAAGUUGAGUAUUAUUUUAGUGAAAUGGGACCAUAUUUCAAAACACAAUACUUGUUUCAUGACUUUGAGUUGAGGUUGAUGUGUACCAGACCAGGAUUAUUUUACACUUUUGAUGUCUCAUGCAAGUUUCGUCUCUGAGGUUAACCCUAAUUUGACUGCAGGAUGUUAGAAGAGCGUAUAAGUACUUUUUGCUGGCUGUGGUCCUCUAUAGUAAAUGGUUAUACAGUCUUUUGACUAGAAAUUUUGCUACUUAUAUUUUCUUGAGAGAAAUGUCGGAGCUGAUUAAAAGCCUGAAUGUCUGUAAUCAUAUUGCUCUAUCUCCAGUCCACAAUCUUUGUGGGGUGAGUCCUAGCACCUGAAGAAAGCAGGAAAAUAUUUUGUUUAUGCUGAACAUUGACUUUUUUGAUGUUGAAGUUUUGGGGUUCUGAACAUUAAAGUGAUUUUUCCACAAUGAA